AUGACAUCCUCUCUAGAUCAAUUAAAGGCUACUGGCACGACUGUUGUCAGCGACUCCGGCGAUUUCAACUCUAUCGCCGCAUACAAGCCUCAAGAUGCCACCACCAACCCAUCUCUCAUCCUCGCAGCCUCCAAGAAGCCCGAGUAUGCUAAACUGAUCGACCCCGCGGUUGAAUAUGGCAAGAAACACGGUAGCAACAUCGAUGAGCAAGUUGAUGCCACCCUUGACCGACUCCUGGUUGAGUUCGGCAAGGAGAUCUUGAAGAUCGUCCCUGGAAAGGUUUCAACCGAAGUUGAUGCGCGCUUUUCUUUUGAUACCCAAGCUUCCGUCGACAAGGCUCGCCAUAUCAUUGCUCUUUACAAAGAACAGGGAAUUGACAAGUCUCGCAUCUUGAUCAAGGUUGCCUCCACCUGGGAAGGUAUUAAGGCGGCUGAGAUCCUCCAAAAGGAAGGAAUCAACUGCAACCUGACCCUCAUGUUUUCCCUGGUUCAAGCCAUCGCUGCCGCAGAAGCCAAUGCUUUCCUCAUCUCUCCUUUCGUCGGCCGUAUUCUUGAUUGGUACAAGGCUGCUCUCAAGAAGGACUUCCCUGCUCAUGAAGACCCCGGUGUCAAGAGUGUGGGAGCCAUCUUCAACUACUACAAGAAGCACGGCUACAAGACCAUUGUCAUGGGCGCAUCCUUCCGAAACGUGGGAGAAAUCACCGAACUUGCCGGCUGCGAUUACUUGACCAUCUCCCCCAAUUUGCUUGAAGACCUCCUCAAGUCAACGGACAAGGUUGAACAGAAACUAAAAGCCGAAGACGCUGUCAAGCUUGAUAUCCCCAAGCGAACCUUCAUCAACGACGAACCCAACUUCCGCUUCGAGUUCAACGAGGACCAGAUGGCUGUUGAGAAGCUCCGUGAGGGUAUCAGCAAAUUCGCAGCUGAUGCAGUCACACUUAAGAGCAUUCUCCGAGAGAAGAUUGAGAAAGCCUAA